AUGGGUAGCACGUUCGGCGAAUUGGGGUACGCGUGCGCGAUCAACGUGGCGGUGCUGGCGGGCAUGCUAGUGGUCUACACGAUCCUCUCCAAGCAGCCGCUCAACGCGCGCGUCUACUUCACCAAAUGGCAAUUUGGAGAGAGUGUUGCUUCGGUUCAAGCCUCGCAUGUCGCCUCCGCGUCCGCGCUGCCUGCAUUGCCCGCGGCCGCCGCUUCCCUAGUGCAUGCAUUGCGACGUGCACGCGCCAUGCGGAGGCGCGGCGCGGUGGAGCGCACGGGAAUCAGCGCGUCGAUGACUCCUCAGUGCACCGCCAUCGCCCGUUCCCCCCACCCAUCUCACCACGGCCUUCGCUCUUCGCUUAACUCCUUCCCCUCCUUGCCCCUCCUUGCCCCUCCCCGCCCCUCCCUGCCCCUCCCCGCCGCUCCCCGCCCCUCCCCAACCCUCCUCGCCUCUCCCCGCCACCCCUCGGCCAUUCCCCGCACCUCCCUGCCCUCCCCCGCCCCUCCCCGCCCCUCCCUGCCCCUCCCUGCCCCUCCCUGGCCCUCCCUGCCCCUCCCGCCCCUCCCUGUCCCUCCCUACCCCUCCCUGCCCCUCCCUGCCCCUCCUUGCCCAUCCCUGCCCCUCCCUGCCUCUCCUCGCCCCUCCAUGCCCCUCCCUGCCCCUCCCUGCCCCUCCCUGCCCCUCCCUGCCCCUCCUCGCCCCUCCAUGCCCCUCCCUGCCCCUCCCUGCCCCUCCCGCCCCUCCCUAUCCCUCCCUACCCCUCCCUGCCCCUCCUCGCCCCUCCAUGCCCCUCCCGCCUCUCCCUGCCCCUCCCGCCCUUCCCUAUCCUUCCCUACCCCUGCCUGCCCCUCCCUGUCCCUCCCUACCCUCCCUGCCCAUCCUUGUCCCUCCCUGCCCCUCCCUGCCCCUCCUUGCCCCUCCCUGCCCCUCCCUGCCCCUCCCUGCCCCUCCCUGCCCCUCCCUGCCCCUCCUCGCCCCAUCCCUUCCUUCUGUGGGUUGUGCUGGCAGGAGGCGGCAGAGAAGUACGAGAAGGAGGCAGCGGAGAAGUACGAGAAGGUGAAGAUGAAGGGCAACGUGAUUAAGCACCGCCAUCCCUCUCAUUCCAUUCAUCAUUCCGAGGCAGCGGAGAAGUACGAGAAGGUGAAGAUGAAGGGCAACGUGGUGAAGCGCCGCCAGUGGUUCAACCUCUCGCUGCGCUCCUACCGCCACGCCUUCUCCUGGGUCGCCGUCGCCCUCGCCAUGCCCCAGCGCGAGCUCAUCGCCCAUGCUGGGCUCGACAACGUGGUGUUCCUGCACACGCUCAAGCUGGGGUUCAAGAUCUUUGGGCCGAUACUGAUAGUGGCGGCGGCCGUGCUGCUGCCCGUGAACUACCUGGGAGGGGGCUUGCAGCAGCAGGCGCAGAGCGACCCUGACCUCACCUACAGCGACAUUGACAUGCUCUCCAUCGCCAACAUCCCCAACCGCUCCUCCCUCGCGUGGGCGCUGUACAUGAUGCGUGUGGAGCACCGCACCGUCGCUGACAUGCGCCUUGACUACCUCGCCGACCAGCAGAGGGCGCCCAACCAGUUCACUGUGUUGGUGCGGCAGGUGCCGAAGCACCCAAUCAAGACGGUGCCGGAGCACGUGGAUCACUUCUUCUCCGUCAACCACCGCGGCACCUACCUGCUCACUCAGCCAGUGUACAACGCCAACAGGGUGGCGCGGCUGGAGAAGAAGCGCCACAAGCUGGAGAACAAACUCACGGAGCUGCACAUCAAGCUCGAACGCUUCCCCCACAAGCCACUCACCGUCCGGAUGGGGUGCAUGGGGCUGGUGGGAGAGAGGGUGGACGCCAUACAGCACUACCAGGACAGGCUCGAAGAGAUCUGUGACGAGAUCAUAGCAGAGCGGGAGCGGGUGAUCAGCGACCCAGCCAGCACCAUGCCAGCGGCCUUCGUCUCCUUCUCCUCGCGCUGGGGCGCAGCCGUGGCGGCGCAGACCCUGCAAUCAAAGAACAGCUCGCAAUGGAUCACGCACUGGGCGCCCGAACAACGAGACGUCAAGUGGAGCAACCUGCCCAUCCCCUACGAGCAGCUGGCGGUGCGACGCGUGCUCGUGCUGCUGGCAGCGGCCGCCAUUGUGUUCUUCUACACCAUCCCCGUGGGCUUUGUUCAGUCGCUGGCCAAUCUGGACAAGAUCAGCCGCUACUUGCCGUGGCUGCAGCCCGUGCUCACCAUCCCGGUGGUGAAUGCACUCAUCACCGACAUUCUCUCCGGCCUCGCUCUCAAGCUCUUCAUGGCGCUGCUGCCCUACCUGCUCGUCUUCCUGGCCUCUCUGGAGGGCCAUGUGAGCCGGUCGCAGAUCGACCUGGCGGCUACGGGCAAGUACUUCUGGUUCAUCAUCGGCACCGUCUUUGUCACCAACGUCAUGGGCGGGGCGCUCAUGUCCGCCACCUACGACCUCUCCCAACACACUACUAGCAUACCGCAGAUCCUGGGCUCGCGCAUACCCACCAAGGCCACGUUCUUCAUGACCUUCACCAUGGUGGAUGGCUGGGUCGGCAUGGGGGGCGAGGCGCUGCAAGUCUGGUACCUGCUGCUCUUCCACCUCAAGAGUUCAGUGCUGGUGCGCACACCAGCGGACAGGAUCAAGGCCAUGAGAGCUCGCCCCCUCCGACUUGUUGACUCGCUCUCGCAGGUGGAGCUCUACUUCCUGCUGCCCUUUGUCUACUGUGUCACCAACCCGCUCUACCUGCCCUUCGCCCUCGCCUUCUACAUCCUCGCCUUCGUCAUCUACCGCAACCAGAUAAUCAACGUGUACUGCCCGCGGUACGAGAUGGCGGGGGCGUUCUGGCCGCACUUCCACGCGCGCCUGGUGGCGGCCAUGCUGGUGCAGCAGGUGGCGCUGGGCGGCAUCCUCUCGCUCAAGGAAGCGCCCACGCAGGCGUGCUGCCUCAUCCCGCUGCCGUUCGUCACGCUCAUCGUGCACUGGGCGUUCAUCCGCGGCCAGUUCCACAGCACCUUCUCCAAGCUCGCUCUCGAGGAAGCAAACCGCAAGGACACGAUAGACCGCACGGUGCACCCCAACGAGGGCCCGCACUCCUUCCUCGCACGCGCGUACCUGCACCCCUCUCUGCAGUCCGCCUUCACCAUGCUGGAUGGUGACGAGGAGCAGGGUGGUGCAGGUGGUGGCGACUCCUCCUCCUCCGAUGAUGAUGAUAAGGAUGGUGAUGAGGAAGAGGGCGGCGGGAAGAAGUCAAAGCACGCCGACCGGCACGCACAAACCCGUCUUGUGCCGGUGAAAAGGCAUCCGUUUUCCAGCACUGCGCAGGCCUCUCCUGCUGUGCCAAACGGUUCGAAUGGGUUGGAAGGGGUGGCGGGCACAAGCCCUCCUGCGCACCUCCGUAGGAGCGUGUCCGAUGGGCCAGGGAGUUCAGCUGCAGCUGCCGUGGCAACAGUGACUGCAGUGACCUCCGCUGCUGCAGCUGCAGCUUCUUCUGCCUUUGCCGCCGCGCGCAAUGCUGCCAGCGGUGGCGCUGCCUUCACUGCUGCCAGCACAGGCCGUGUGGCUGCUGAUGCUGCCGAUUCCAGCACCCACACACCCCAUGGCAUUCCACCCGCCAGCCACGACCAGUCCAGUGAAGCAUCGCCGUACCACUCGUGUGAGCUCCAUUCAGUCGUGAUUGACGGCCCUGAGGACCUUUCCCAGAACGUUCCUCUCUCCGCCUCCUCAGCGGCACGUCCCGACUACCCUGUGGGGGACACGGGGGUGCAGAGGGGAGCAGCAGCCAGUGAGGGAAUGACAGGUGGUAACCGGGGGGAGAGGAAGCCGUCGCCGCAAACAGCAGGGACGGAGCCGCUCUUGGCAGGCGGGGGCGGGGACCAGGGUGGGAAGAGCAGUGGGAUGGGAAAGGCGAUUGGUGUGCCCGUGUUUAGAUUAUGA